AUCACCGGUAGUAAACAUUGUGCGAUUGAAUGUAAAUUUGUGUUUUAUAUUUGCUGAUGAAAUACAUCGUUUGCACUUUUCGUUUUGAAAAUUCCGCAACUGUGACAAACAAUAUUUAUUAAGAGGCCCACCGUUACACUUUGUAAUCAAUGUUAACGUGUAGUUCCGUAACCGUGAGUUCAACUGUCUUUUGAGAAUAUUGAGGUUCGGAAAUAUUGUCUGCUAUCACAAUGGAACAGUCGACAGAGUCUGCGAAAGAACCACCGAAAAUUGAAUCUAUUAAAAAGCCGAAAUCAUACCUGUAUGAUUCUAAAAACAAAGGUCUUCCGGUGUAUGGAGUAAUAGUUCAAUGGGAUGGUAAAACUAAAUACUCAACAAAAGCGAUAAUGGCGAAAUUCGAGACGAAAUUAGCAACAUACAGAUCACAGAAAAGCAAUGAAAAUCAGAUAAAAUCAUCGCUCAAACGUAAACAAUUUCCAUAUUUCCGCCGAUCUGGCCCUAACAAGGGUAUUGUUUCAUUUACAACAAUGGAUGAGGCAAAUGCCUUCUCGAUCACUAAAGACCCUGAUUUUUAUGCUUUCAUUCCUCUAAGUUUUAUUGUGGUCGUUGGGGUGGCCGAAUUGCCUGGAACCAAAUUGAACGUGAAAGAUCUUAAACCUACCUGUCCAUCGUAUGAAAUAUUGCAGUGGCGCAAAAAAAAGUUGCCAGUUAGCAAGAAGACACAGAUAACGGUUGCGAUUCGAGGCACCGAAUUACCAUCGAAAAUUUAUUUCAAGGACUAUGAAGCUCAGCUCACUUCAUUUGAACGAAAGCCUGUUUACUGCAGCCGCUGUUUAAGGUAUGGUCACCGAAUUCGUGAUUGUUUGCGCAAACCCCGUUGUGGUAUAUGCAUCCGGACAAAACCGAGACUGAAGCAUAAGGAACAAAAGUGUCAUAUAGUUAAACGGAGCGGCAAUAUUGAAAGGUGCAUCUACUGUCAGCAAAAUCACGCCAUUGGAUCCGCAGACUGUGUGGAGCAAAUGCAGCAGUGUGUGUUUAAAGGACAGUUGGUCAAGCGCACCAUGGAUUAUGUUUCCGUCUUGGAAUCAGACAUUAUUCCAGCCAUCCGUACCACAUCGGUGAAUUCGACGGGAUCAUGGUUAAUUUCUUAAUUUUGAAACGCAGUUGUUUCAUUAAAUAACUUUUUUUCCGAAUGUACAUAGAAAAUGUUGAAUACCUUAAUUCCAGCCAUAAGUGAACUUUAGUUUUGUUAUGAACAGCUAAUUUAACGAAUAAAUGCCUGAACGUAAA